GGACCGAAGUCAGCGUCACCCCGCAAAAGGAAGAAUGAUGCUGUCCAAUCCCUCACGUACGGUGUGCGCCCGCUGCAUCAGGCGCGGCCGACACUUCUAUACGACCGUCCAUCACGGUGCUCAACCGCGCAGCGAUCAUGGGAAUCCCGCUCCCCCGCCCGAAGCCGGCUAUACUCGACUCACGAACAGAGGCCUCAUCUCCGUCACGGGGCCCGACAGCACCUCGUUCCUGCAGGGUCUGGUCACCCAGAACAUGGUCAAACAGAGCGCCGAGGGCAAGGGCUCCUACGUCGCUUUCCUCAACUCGCAGGGCCGCAUCCUGAACGACGCCUUCAUCUACCCGAACCCCGAGAAAGACGCCGCCGCUUCCUCCGCCGACCCCAGCUGGCUCAUCGAAGCGGACGCCGCCGAGCUCCCCGCGCUCCUGAAGCACCUCAAACGCCACAAACUCCGCGCCAAGCUGCAGCUGCGGGCGCUCGACCCCACCGAACGCACCGUCUGGGCCUCGUGGAAGCAACACCACGGCGACGGCCGCUGGGCCGCACACAGCCUGGGCGAUUCCGUCUCGGAGUCGUCCGGGGCAGGAGCAGCAUGGCGCGCGGACGCCAACAUCACAGGGUGCGUGGACACACGAGCCCCGGGGUUCGGGCUGCGCCUCGUCACGCCCGGCGACGCGGACCUGCGCGCGCACUUCGCGCGCCAGCUCGAGGAGGCGGGCGCCCACGAAGCCAGCCUGGGGUCCUACACGGUGCGGCGCAUGCUGCGCGGCGUGGCCGAGGGCCAGGCGGAGAUCCUGCGCGCCGCCUCGCUGCCCCUCGAAUGCAACAUGGACCUGGCCCAGGCCAUCGAUUUCCGGAAGGGCUGCUACGUCGGCCAGGAGCUGACCAUCCGCACCCGCCACACCGGCGUGGUCCGCAAGCGCAUCUUGCCGGUGCAGCUGUAUGCGGACGAGUUACCCGUGAGGGAGGGAGAGGGGGCCAGUGGCGGCCCGGUUUAUGAUCCCUCAGCAGACGAGGGGCUGGCGCCCCCCGCCGGCGUGCAGGGCUUGGAUAUUUCCAGGGUUGGCCCGUCCAAGGGCCGCAGCGCCGGCAAGUUCCUGGCCGGCGUGGGCAAUGUCGGGCUUGCGCUGUGUCGCUUGGAGAUGAUGACGGAUGUUGCGCUCUCGGCUGAGGGGUCGACGCAGUAUACCCCGGACCGGGAGUUUAAGAUUAGCUGGGACGCGGCGGAGGGUGAUGGGUCGGAGGGGUCGGAGGGGGAGAAGGUUCGGACCGUCAAGAUUAAGGCGUUCGUGCCGCCGUGGACGAGGGAGUACAUCGCUUCCGGCACGCAGCAGGCUCGUGCUCGUGAUCCGAUUCGCGAGGGCCAGAGGGCAAGGGAGCUUGCUGAGCGGUUGGCGGCUGAGGAAGAGGACGCUCGACUGCAUGAGUGA